CGCAGAAACGACCCGCAUCGUAAUACUGAAAAAGAAAGAGAGGACAGAAGGGAAAAAGGCUGAAAAGACCGUCAUCUACCUAUCCCACAUUCUCAUAGCCCACCCAUUUCAAAUUACCCCAGUGCCCCAGGAAAAAGUUCCGAAACGAGACCACCUUGCGGGAAUCAAAGACCCUUGGCAUUGCCUUACGCACAUUCCCGAACGAACGAAAGUUGAUCUCCUAGCAUUUCCUAGCUAAAUCAUUGCCGUGCGGCGUAUGUGCGACUUGAGAUCAUGAUAGGCAGCCUAUCAUAGGCCCUUCUAUUGACUUCCAAGAGCCAUGUAUGCACCAAAUUUCUCUUUUGGACAGGGGAACAAUACGCAAUCUUUCAACCCUAAUGGUGGUCAUCCACAGGCUCCCCAAAAUGUCCAUCAACCAGGUCAACAACAGCCUCAGCACAUGAUGUAUAAUACUCAACAAUACGGAGCUGGAGGUCAUCAAUCGCCCUACGGCGCAUCUGGCUCCGGCAUGGCUGUUAAUGCCGGUGGAAUGGGAAUGAUGCAGAAUAGCGGUUUGGCGCAUAUGGCUGGUGGAAAUGGUAAGUUGCACAUCCCUAUCACUUUCUGUAGCCUGCUAGAAUCUUAUAUUGCUGCUGCAUAUCUUGUGCACACCUCAAUGUUCGGAUGGAAGACUAGACAAUGCCUGCACAUCAGACUAUGAAAGGCAUGCGAGGUAUUUGAAUAUACAUAUACUUUAUUCGCGUUAAGCAGAGAGGCAAAUAGGCGGCAACUUUUGUGACUGUUCACAAUAGCAAACAAGCAAGGCAAAAUGACUGACCGGUUAUAUGCAAGCAGUUCCUUCAUAUCAGACACCAUAUACAAGUUCUCCUUACGGUAACAACAUUGCUACUUCCUCUUCCAUAUCACACCCUACAAACUUCAUGCCGACCACAUCAAAUGCGCCCCAACAAUAUGGAAUGAACCCUUCCACAAUGAUAGCGCAACAACAACAUCAAAUACAGCGCAUGCAGCCACCUCCAUCUUCUACGCCUACGCCGACGUCGGCGACUUCUCGUGUCUCUCCCUACGGAAAUUUUCCUCAGAGCACACCACCAAGUGCGUCUACCGCACAAUUCGCAAUACCACUCAAUCCUAAUCAGCAACAUCAUCAAACGACUCAUAAUAGUCAACAAGGAGGAAUGAGCUUGACACCGCAGACCCCAAGCUUUCCACCAGGGUCACGGAAUCCAGAAAACGCGGGAACCGCCAUGGGUACACCAUUAAGUCCCGGCUCGGAGGUUCGAGAGAAAGAGAGGGUUACCGUGCUACUAGAUAUUAAUAAGGAGAUGUUAAAAGAAGUUAUGCAGAUUAUAGCUCUUCAAACUGAAUUGAAGAGUAACAAAACGGAAGAUCCUACGGAAAAGGCAAAGCUUGAGACGGAGCACAAAGUUUUGGCGAGCGAAUAUAUUCAGUCUGUUCCCUAUACAUGUUGAGAUUAUAGCAUUUACUAAUAAGCUUGAAGAUGUAUGCGGCGACUACAGUCCAAUUUAGCUUACCUUGCCGCAAUCGCCGAUCGUUCCCACAAGCCCGCAGCUCAGGUCCCCUCGCAUCCCGCAGUCAUGUUCGCACCGCCUCUCACACUCAAACCCGCACAUACCGACCCUACAUAUGCGAUCACGAACGGCGAUGACUCAAAAGCCGAAGAAAAGCAUGAAAAUCGGGGCGAGAUAUUGAAAGAGUUAUACAAACGGCUCCAAGCCCUAUAUCCAGGCGUAGAUCCAAAGAAAGACAUGCCUGCUCAACCAGCAAACGCAGCAGCUAGAGCACAGGCACAGGCACAGGCGCAGGCGCAGGCACAAGCACAGCAACACGCGCAACAAAUGCAAGCACAAGGGCAGAAACAAGGUGAUAUGAGUCAGAGUCUACAAAAUAUGACGGGAGGACAAAAUGGCAUGGGGCAAGGUCAAGUGCAGGGACAAAUGGUUCAAGGCGGUAUGGGUGUUAUGGGUGGCAUGGGCCAAAUGCAACAGCAUCAACAGCAAGCUCAACAAAAUAUGGGAAUGGCAGGUCUCAGUCAAAGUCAAUUGCAACAGCAGCAGCAGCAGCAGCAGCAUCAGCAAAAGAUGCAAAACGAAAUGAUGCGACAAAGGAUGAUGCAGGAAGCACAGAAGAGCCAGAUGAUGAAUAUGGGACAAAUGCCAAGAUAACUCUCUGCAUUGCGUGGCUGGUUAAUAUCAAAAAACAUGUGAUAAUGGAGGAGGAUGGGAAUGGAAGGGGCACGGAUGGGUGUUGGGUAUCAAAACUUGAUGGUUCGCCGAGGGAUUGGUUAUAUUGGAUGAAAAACAGGCUCGGGCGUCGUUAUGUUUAUGCUGUAUGAUAUCUGGCGUUCUUCUUUUCGAUAUGCAUAGCUGUGCAUAGGAUAUUGUAUAUGUGGACAGGGAAUGGUUAUGGUUAUGGUUAUGGUUGAUUGAACUGCAAAUAUACCUAGAUUUUAUACUCGUGGGCUUUUGCUAUAUUUCAGUGCUCCCAAGUUAAUUUUCGCAAAGUGGAAAGUAAGUUUUGUAUUUCUAACAACUAUGGAUCUAUGGAAGUAACAGGAAUACAGCUCCUAUCAAAGUAAUAUCUAGGUACCUAAUGAUGGAAAUAACUUCAGGAAGCCAUACCGAGCAGCGAGCACUUAGGAGUGUGCUGUAUUCUAAUCUACUAGGUAAAGAAACGAGCGAUAAACCCUCGAAACCCCCUAUCGAUUCUCCCAAGUCUGGUAACAAUUUCGAAUCAUUGGAGCUUUCAACAUCGGGAGCCUGCAGGG